CCUGCAGGCUGCCAUUUUCAUUUUAUUUUGUGAACACUUCUCUCUCCCUCUCUCUCUGCCAAUUUCAUCAUCUUCUUCUUCAUCGUCCUCUUCGUGGUCGUCUACAUCUUCUCUUUUUGGAGGGUACUCUUUGGCAGCAUUGCAGUCAGAGUAUAGGUUGCAGGGCACAUGGGGAGGCACUCUUGCUGCUACAAGCAGAAGCUGAGGAAAGGGCUGUGGUCUCCUGAGGAAGAUGAGAAGCUCAUCAACCACAUCACCAAGUUUGGCCAUGGCUGCUGGAGCUCUGUCCCUAAACUUGCAGGGUUGCAGAGGUGCGGCAAGAGUUGCAGGUUGAGGUGGAUAAACUACUUGAGGCCUGAUUUGAAAAGAGGCACAUUUUCACAGCAAGAAGAGAACCUCAUAAUUGAGCUUCAUGUGGUCCUUGGCAACAGAUGGUCACAGAUUGCGGCUCAGUUGCCGGGGAGGACCGACAACGAAAUCAAGAAUCUAUGGAACUCUUCCAUCAAGAAGAAGCUUAGGCAGAGGGGGAUUGAUCCCAAUACUCACAAGCCCCUCUCUGAGGUGCAGAAUGAGGACAAGGCUUUAGCAGCAGCAGUCAGCAAGAACAGUGCUGAGAGAGCUGCUGCCUCGGAGGCUGAGAAUUCAAACUCCAAGGCCUCUUCAUCGGCAGCUGAUCACUACCCGCUUGUGGAAAGCAGCCGCCCUCCAGCACCGCCGCCAACCCAUGAGUUCUUCCUGGAAAGGUUUGUUUCUUCCCAUGAGAGUUCCACCGGCGGCUGCAGGCCUAAUUCGGAUUUUCCAGGGUACUUGUCUUUCCAGCAGCUGAGUUACAGGCCCGACACCGGCCUCUCCGCGCAUCCAAACACGACCCUCUUCCCCAACUCGAACUCCUCGAGGCCUUCUGACAUGAUCUCUGAGUUCAAUUCCAGCAUGACAACCAGUUUCCUCCCCUCCAUUCCCAGCCCAAUUCUCAAGCCUUCCAUUAGCCUCCCACCCAGCACCUCUUUGGAUGUCAAUGCAGUCCAUAAUUGGAACAAUGGUAGUACUUUCGGUAGCAAUGGCGGCGGCAGCAGCAAUGGAAGCAGCAGCAGCAGUACAGAUUUGCAAAACAGCGCCUCCUUCUUCGAGAAUGGCGGCUGCUUCUCGUGGGGACCUAUGAAUUGUGUUAAAUCCAAGAAAGAAGCCGAGGUUCAUCCACUGGAAGGCGAAACAGACGACAACAAGUGGUCAGAGUAUCUGCAGGCCUCUUUCUUACUGGGAACCACAAUUCAAAACCAAGCUGCUGCUCAAGAUAUCUACAGCGAGACCAAACCGGAAGCACAGUUUUCGACAGAUGGAUUGAGUACUAAUUUGCACCGGAGCCACCAGCAGCAGCAGCAACCCUCAGAAGCUGCAGACAUAUACACUAACCAUUUGCAGAGACUUGCUGCCACUUAUGAACAGUUUUCUUAGCUCCUGUUUUUCAAUUUGGACCCUGCAGUUGGAAGAAGUGAACCCAAGUACAGGAACAAAUUAAGCAUCUCCUGGUUGCAGGGGUGCGCUAUACAGAGUUUUCUUGUUCUGUAAAUAGGUUCGAUACAGAGUUCUCGGCUCUCUCUAUACCAUCUGUUUGCCAUAGAAACAAGGUUAUAUGCUCAUCUUUUGUCUACCAAAAACAUUGUAGAAUUUCAUAAUAAACAGUCUUUUGUUUC